UUGGAUUGGUUUGCAGAGACUUCCACCUGGUGGAAUCAUCAUUCAAUGGAUAGGGAUAUUUGUCUGAGCUGAGGACAGAAGAAUAAUGGCAGUGGUCUCACAUAUUUCAAGGUGGUAUCAUGGAAAACUGGAUCGUACAAUUGCUGAAGAGCGGCUAUGCCAGGCAGAACGGCCUGGUAGUUAUCUGAUCAGGGAAAGUGAUCGAAGACCAGGCUCAUUUGUACUCUCCUUUCUGAGUAAAACUGGUGUUGUCAAUCAUUUCAGGAUUAUUGCAAUGUGUGGUGAUUAUUACAUUGGUGGACGACGGUUUUCCUCACUUUCAGACCUGAUAGGUUACUACAGUCAUGUGUCUUGCUUGCUAAAGGGGGAGAAACUAUUAUUUCCGGUAGCACCUCCAGAGCCCGUUGAGGACAGGAGGAGAGUCCGAGCUAUCCUGCCGUACACCAAAGUGCCAGAUACAGAUGAAAUUAGUUUCCUAAAGGGGGAUAUGUUUAUUGUUCACAAUGAACUGGACGAUGGAUGGAUGUGGGUGACCAAUCUCCGAACCGAUGAGCAAGGCCUCAUUGUAGAGGACCUUGUGGAGGAAGUGGACCGUGAAGAAGAUCCACAUGAAGGCAAAAUAUGGUUCCAUGGGAAGAUAUCAAAGCAAGAAGCCUAUAAUCUGCUGAUGACAGUUGGCCAAAUAUGCAGUUUUCUUGUAAGACCUUCAGAUAACACACCGGGUGACUACUCGCUUUACUUUAGGACAAAUGAAAAUAUUCAACGAUUUAAAGUAUGUCCAACCUCUAACAAUCAGUUCAUGAUGGGUGGCCGGUAUUACAACAGCAUAGAGGAAAUCAUUGAGCACUAUAGGAAGGAACAGAUCGUUGAGGGUUAUUUCCUCAAAGACCCUGUCCCUGUACAGCACCAAGAACAAGUACUCAAUGAUUUGGUUGAUGGAAUAGAAAUAUACAACACAAUUCGGCGCAAGCCAAAGGAUGCAUUUUAUAAAAAUGUAGUGAAGAAUGGAUACCUUUGGAAAAAGAGCAAAGGUAAGCGAUGGAAAAACUUGUACUUUAUUUUGGAGGGGAAUGACUCCCAGCUGAUCUAUUUUGAAAGUGAAAAGAGAGCCACAAAACCAAAAGGAUUAAUAGACCUCAGUGUUUGUACUGUAUAUGAAGUUCACGAGAGUCUGUUCGGCAGGCCAAACUGUUUUCAGAUAGUUGUACAGCACUUUAGUGAAGAGCAUUACAUCUUCUACUUUGCUGGUGAAACUCCUGAGCAAGCACAGGACUGGAUGAAGUGUCUACAGGCACUUUGCAGUAACUUAAAGAAACCUGUUGCACCUGCCUCUAACAAACGUCUUCGACAGGUCAGUAGUCUGGUUUUGUAUGUGGAAGAAGCCCACAAACUCCCAGUUAAAUAUUUCACACACCCAUACUGUAAUAUCUAUCUGAACAGCGUUCAGGUAGCAAAGACUCAUGCUAGAGAGGGGCAAAAUCCUGUAUGGACAGAAGAAUUCAUUUUUGAUGAUCUCUCAUCAGAUAUAAACAGAUUUGAGAUAAGUCUCAGUAACAGAACAAAGAAAAGCAAAGAUCCCGAUAUCUUGUUCAUGCGUUGUCAGUUGAGUCGGUUACAGAAGGGACAGCUGAUUGAUGAAUGGUUCCCUCUCAGUUCACAUAUUCCUCUGAAAGGAAUUGAGCCUGGUUCUGUGCGUGUCAGGGCACGAUACUCAUUGGAAAAAAUCAUGUCGGAAGACGAGUACAGUGAGUUCAAAGAGCUUAUCCUUCAAAAAGAGUUUCAUGCGAUACUUGCAUUAUCCCAAGUAUGUGGCCAGGAUCGCACAUUACUGGCCAGAAUUUUACUGAGAAUUUUUCGUCAUGAGAAUCUUGAGUCACUGUUACUACGAACACUAAAUGACAAGGAAAUUAACAUGGAAGAUGAAUCCACCACCCUCUUCCGAGCCACAACCUUGACGAGCACACUUAUGGAGCAGUACAUGAAAUCUACUGCAACACCAUUUAUUCAUCAUGCUCUGACAGACACCAUCUUAAAGAUAAUGGAGAGCAAGCAGUCGUGUGAGUUAAAUCCUUCCAAACUUGAGAAAAAUGAAGAUGUGAACGCUAAUCUGUUACACCUACUGGCUCUCCUGUCAGAAUUGGUGGAGAAGAUUUUUAUGGCUGCAGAAGAACUUCCUCAGGCUUUGCGGUAUAUUUAUGGGUGCUUACAAAAAUCUGUUCAGCAGAAGUGGCCGAAAAAUCCUACUAUGAGGACUAGAGUGGUGAGUGGAUUUGUUUUCUUGCGGUUGAUCUGUCCAGCCAUUCUCAAUCCACGGUUGUUCAAUAUUAUUUCAGAUCCCCCCUCUUCCACAGCUGCAAGGACUCUUACACUUGUUGCUAAGUCACUUCAAAACUUAGCAAACUUGGUGGAAUUUGGAGCCAAGGAACCCUACAUGGAAGGCGUAAAUCCAUUCAUCAAGAACAACAAGCAUCGAAUGAUUAUGUUUUUAGAUGAAUUAGGGAAUAUUCCUGACCUCCCUUGCACAACAGAGCACUUUAGGCCUGACUUGUCUCGUGACCUGGCAGCCUUGCAUGAAGUAUGUUCAGCACAUUCUGAUGAACUUCGCACCCAAAGCAACGAACGGGGAGUCCAGCAGCAUGUCCUGAAGAAACUUCUGGCCAUUACAGAACUGUUGCAGCAGAAACAAAACCAGUAUUCAAUGUCUAACAGCAACAGGUAGCAAGCAGCCUUAAAGGUUUACAGAAUUCUGCACGCACUACCAUUGUCUUUGGACAACUCACAGCAAUCCCACUUUUCCCUGCUACUCUUGAAUUGACACCCAUGUACAACAUUCCUUCUGCUGUGCGAACUAUGCAAAAAAUUCUGGUUGAUGUUUUCACCAGUAACUUUGUAAGCUAUUUGUGCAGGUCACCACUUGCACUUUCUGCUCUGAACCAAUCACUCGCCACUGAGCCUUGGUGAACAAGCCACCUUUCACAAAUUUAGGUGGAUAUCCGUGGGCCUUGGAGAUGUUUUAAUAUUUCAAGUUGCCAAAGUUCCCAGGGUGGUUUUCCAAGAUGUAGUAUGAAAUGCCAGUCAACUGAUGAAAUGAAGAAUGCAUUGAAUUUGUUAAAACUGGACUAUGGUCUCGACAGCAUUUUAUACUAUAAUUUGUGACUGACUACUCCAAUGGUUAAGAUUGCUUACAUCUUUAAUCUCAAGGUUAUACAGUUUAUUGGACGAAUGCUUUAAAUGCAGGUUCAUCAUUAAGUUGAGGAAUUCCUAACUAAAAACUGGUUAUUUUGUACUCCUAGAAAAAUUCUUCUGCAACAGACAUUCAUUGAGUGACAAAAGAAUGGAUGAGUAGAAAUAUCACAGCAUUUGUUUUGUUGUGCCACUGAUUUUUUUGAUUCAGUUUAAUUAUACUGUAUGAUUGGCUGGCUGUCUUCCAUAAAAGGACAAUAGUGUGACAAGUUCUUAGUCACAAAAUCAAAAGCUUUGUAAGUAAUGUUUACAACUGUAAACACAUGGAAUAGUUCAAUAAAUUUAUUGAUUAUUGUAUUGGAAAUGCAUGCACUUAUUAAACCAUUUUAUAAAG